AUGAAGGCACCACUCAGCACUUCAUCCACCUGCACUUCAGUUGCAAAGAAGGCGCGCUCUUCGCCAUUGCUAUUGGUAUUGGCACUCUUCCUACUUUGCUUCUCCUUCCUCUACGGCGAGGACCUCAAGGAGCUCCUCGCUCGGCAUGGCGAGGAAGCAUCACGCCUCAUCGCCAACACCUACAGCAACAACAUUGAGAGCGGGCAAUCGACAGCACCACCCUCCGAGGUUGCCGAGACGAUGAUGACGACGACGACGACGAAGAGGAAGUGGAAGGGGAGGCUGGCGUUCGCGCUGAACGACGAGGACGAGGACGAGGACGAGGCGUGCGACGUGUUCUCGGGAAGCUGGGUGCGUGACGACGCGGAGCACCCGCUGUACCGGGAGGAGGCCUGCCCCUACAUCCAUCCGCAGCUGACCUGCCAGGCGCGGGGGCGGCCGGACACGGCGUACCAACGGUGGCGCUGGCAGCCGCACGACUGCACGCUGCCGGCGUUCGACGCCGUCCGGAUCCUGGAGGCGCUGCGCGGCAAGCGGAUGCUGUACGUGGGCGACUCGCUGGGGCGGGGCCAGUUCGCGUCCAUGGUGUGCCUGCUGCAGUCCGCCAUCCCCGACGCCGGCGCCAGGUCGUUCGAGAUGUCGGCGGACCAGCAGCACACCGUGUUCACGGCCAGGGAGUACAACGCGACGGUGGAGUUCUACUGGGCGCCGUUCCUGCUGGAGUCCAACUCGGACAACGCCGCCGUGCACCGGAUCUCCGAGCGCAUGGUGCGGCGCGGCUCCAUCGGCUACCAUGGCCGGCACUGGGAGGGCGUCGACGUCAUCGUCUUCAACACCUACCUGUGGUGGUGCACCGGCCUGCGCUUCAGGAUCUUGAACGGGCCGUGGGAGGACGCCGGCAAGGAGAAGGCGUGGGAGUGGAUGUCGACGGAGGAGGCGUACGGCAUGGCGUUCCGGGACAUGCUGCAGUGGGUCAGGGACAACAUGGACUUCAACACCACCAGGGUCUUCUUCACCAGCAUGUCACCCACGCACCAGAAGAGCCAGGACUGGGGCGAUGCGCCGGGCCACAACUGCUACAACGAGACGACGAUGAUCGGGGACCCCGGGUACUGGGGCUCGGACGGCCGCCGGAGCGUGAUGCGGAUGAUCCGGGAGAUCCUGGACGGCGACGGCGCCGACGUGCCGCUCACGUUCCUCAACAUCACGCAGCUGUCCAUGUACCGCAAGGACGCGCACACCUCCAUCUACAAGAAGCAGUGGAGCCAACCCACGGCGGCGCAGCUGGCGGAUCCCAAGACGCCACUUUGCUAA